AUGGAUCAGGAGGCGAAGGACUCGAGGCCCUCAAGGUCUCCCAGCGAGCCAAACCCAAACCUCUUCCUGCAAUGGGGCAGCCGGAAGAGGCUGCGAUGCGUCAAGACGCGUGAUGACGGCUCACCAUCGCCGUCGCCAUCUGAAGGUCUGAGACGUGCCAUACCCCGUGCUACUCGACCCCUCCUUGGAGCUGACAUUGCGACAUUUCGUUCACCACGGCGCCCUAGCACUCUUAACCGCAGGAAAUCAGAUUCACUGGUGAAUGAUUACAAGCACUCGAUGGCGCUAUCGCCAGAGAAGGACAGGUAUUACACAACGAGGGGUUCACCAUUUCCCUUCGAUGGAAAUGGGUUCGACUUUGGUAGCAUAACAGAGGAGAAGGGAACCACUGCGUUGCCAAGAUUCUUCAUUGCAUUGUCAAACAAGGAGAAGGAGGAGGACUUCAUGGCAAUGAAGGGCUGCAAGCUGCCACAGCGGCCAAAGAAGAGGCCCAAGUUGAUGCAGAAGUGCUUACUUAUGGUGAGCCCUGGAGCUUGGUUAUCAGAUUUGUCGCAUGAGAGAUAUGAAGUCAGAGAGAAGAAGAGUUCUAAAAAGAGAGCUAGAGGCUUGAAGGCUUUGAACUUGGAGAGUGAUUCAGAAUAG